AUGGGUGGUGUUGCCUCAGUGCCGGAUGACCCCACAAGGUCACUAAAGAUUAUCGGCGCAGGAUAUUCGAGAACAGGAACGCUGUCAAUGGCACUCGCGCUAGAGAAACUGCUCAAUGGGCCUGUGAUGCACGGUGGCUCACAGCUGCUUGGUCGAGAAGAUGCCUAUGUCAAGCUCUGGUCCCAGAUAUUUGACGCCCGCCACGACAGGCCCCACCUUCUUAAGCUCCUUCGCGAAGCCACCGCUGGCUUUGUAGCUAUUACCGAUGCGCCGGGGAACUGCUUUAUCGCGGAGCUACUAGAGCUAUACCCCGAUGCCCAGGUCAUUUGCGUGCGUCGGGACCAAGCGAGGUGGUGGAGGAGCUGGGAGUCUGUAACGAAGCAGGCGGGUGCGGGCUUCUUAAACUUGUUCCUAGCACCAGUGCCAGGGAAGAGGUGGUAUCCAAAGCUCGUCACCCAGUUUUUGGAGCAGUAA